AUGUCGGAGGCACUCGACGUUGAGAUGGAAAAUGAAGAGACUAAUGUGGCAAAUGCGAAGUCAUCGAAGGGUCGCGGUGUUGGUCAACCUCGUCAGCGAGCGGAAAGGAUCACGUAUGAUAUUGUAGAAACUGAUGGUACUUCGACUGGGCCACAGCGAUCAAUUGAGGUUGGUAAGAUUGCUUAGGA